AUUUUUUAAUAAUAACUAAUAUUUUGUGAUAUUUGUGAUUUUUCACUUUCGGUCAUUUUUCGGCGAUUUACCAUUUUUAUAAAUAAACUGUACGACACUUUUUGAAAAUAAGUGUGAACUAAUUUCCUAGCUCGUGUUAAUUAUCUAUAUAUACCCAAAUAAACCUAAUUUAAAAUACAUAUAAUGGAAAGGCUCCAUAUGUUAACAAACGAGAAAUAUAAUGAAAUGGCGAUAAGAGCCGUUGCAGGAUGUUAGUGCUAAAUUUUAAUUUUUCUUAAAACCUAAUUUAAUUCUUCCCACCCUUGCAGUACUUAUCAAAAACAGGUUAUUUCGAAGAAUUCUGAGUACAUUUCAUUGACCGCUACUAUAAAAGGCCAUUUAAGAUGCAAGAGACAAUAUCUGGAAUAAGUUUGUAUAAGUUUCUUGUGCAGAUAGAAGAUUUCCGAUAAAACUGAACGUACGAAGCGACUGUUGACGGAAAGAUACGCAAACGUCGAUAGCUGUUACGUUAACGGACUAUCCUAUCGUGAGAAAUGAUAUUGAAAAUGAUAGAAAUUCGCGCACGUUAAAUCGGACGGGGAAUAAAACUCCUGCUGAUUUUAUUGUUUCCUUCAAGCGUGAAACAUAACGAAAUCUUGAAAUGUCAUUUUUCUCGUUAUCUUGACAGCGAUUGGUAACGAAUAAUAAAACGCUUACACUCUGUGGAAGCUUCUCGACAAGUUGUUUUUCGAGAAUCUAUAAGUUAAGAUUGAUACUUGAAUAUGUAAAUGUAUAAAAAUGUAAAUAUAAUAUUUUCCGUUGCUUACAAUCAGCGUAAAAGUCUAUGCUAUUUUGGAAGGUAUCGUAAGACACAUCCUGUUCUUAAGAAUUUUUUAAGAUCUUUCAUACACACCGCAUCAUGGUGACAUCCGCGUGUUCCUAAGUUUGUCAAUAAGUUUACAUUUUCUAUACAGAUGUUAUCAAUAGAUAACCAGAGAUGCUAAUAGCGAUGUCAAUUUAAAUUUUUUUUCAAUUCUUUAACAAUUAUUUAACAAUUGCAUUAGAAAUCGCGAACCGUUCGAUUUCUAUUUUGAGAACGCAUCAAGGCAUCGAUUCCGCUGCUUUAUAAUCAGCAUGAAAGCCUACGCUAUAUGUUCGCGUGUGUCAUAACGAUCUGAUACGGAAGCUCGCGCGCGCGGCCUACGUAUCGCACGCAAUUGACGCAACAAAUGCAUACAGAAACUUAAGCGGUGAACGAAUCGAGUUGGCGGAUGAGAUAUGUGCCGUCACGGAAUCAAUAAACGCGGUACGCGCUUCAAUAUUUCGUCGGUGCGAAGGUACGAGAAACGGAAAGGAAAAUAGGACGCGACCGGUAAAUCGGGGUAGGAGGCAGGAAGAUAACGAGCGAGGGUAGGACGCGAUAGUGAAUGAGCUGAGGGGAUGAAAGGAGGGGAGAUGAGGGGGGUAUAAAUAAGAGGUACAUAUGUGGGCGUACAUUGAUCAGACAAGGAGAGCGCGAUCUCCGCUGAAGCGGGGUGAGGGGAAAAAAGGGACGAAAAAUGUGGAGGAUGACGGAGGUUGGAGCGUGAUUAGAGUUCGCAAUGUGGAGAGAGAGAAAAACGGGAGGAAUCGGCGAAACGGGGAAAAUAUAUGUGCGCGCGUGCGUGACGCGCGCGCGUUAACGGAGGGAGAGAAUAAGGGAAGCGGAGUGAGCAUCCCAGGGAGAAGAAGAGGAAGAGAGAUAGAGAGGAGAGAUUGUAUCGGAGGGGUGAGACGGGGGGAGAAGCUGAAGAAGGGGUAGAAGAUAGGCCGGAACAUCAGACGUCUACGGACCUGCCCGCGAGCCUCGUUCCCUCCCUUUAAGUUCGCACGUUUUUUUCCGCACUAUAUCAUUUUUCCUGUUAGUUAGACCAUCGUUUUACGCGAGAGGAAGCCCAGCUGGGAUCAGGAUGGCCACGUCCAACGAUGUCAACGAGAAGAGCUACAUCCUCGACGCGAAGAGAAACUUCGAAGACGGCGGCAGUCUCGCAUCCGAAGAAUCCUACGAUGACAUGAGGCGAUUAGUUGGGGAGGAGGAAGAGGAGGAGGCUGGAAAAUUUAAUAGCUUGCCGCUCGCGAGUUUUAACUUCAUCAAUUCCAUCAUCGGCAGCGGCGUGAUCGGAAUACCGUACGCUCUGCAUCAAGCUGGCUUCGGUCUCGGCAUCGGUCUAUUAAUUCUAGUGGCGGCGUUAACCGAUUACUCAUUAAUUCUCAUGGUGCGAAGCGGACACAUUUGCGGCGAGAUGAGCUACCAAGGUUUGAUGCGAGCGAGCUUCGGCCGCGUCGGCUUCUACAUUCUCACGGCGUUGCAGUUCAUCUAUCCUUUUAUUGCGAUGGUCUCUUACAACGUCGUCGUCGGCGAUACGGUGACGAAGGUCCUGAUACGAGUGACGGGAAUAGACGAGACGAAUAUUUUCGCGCAUCGACAGGUCGUCAUCUUUCUGGCAACCCUCGGCGUCACCAUUCCGCUUUGCCUGUAUCGAAACGUCGCUCGACUCGCGAAAAUCUCCUUCCUCUCGCUGGUCUGCGUCGGCUUCAUUCUCCUCACUAUCUUCAUUCGGAUGGACACCAUGGCCGCCACGGUUCCGAACCGGGCCGACAGCUGGAGAUUCGCCAAUCUGCCGGGGGUCGUGCCGUCCGUCGGCAUAAUGGCAUUCGCUUUCAUGUGCCACCACAAUACCUUCCUGAUUUACGGCUCGAUCGAGAGAGCGACCCAGCAGAAGUGGGACGUGGUGACGCACUGGUCCCUCUUCACGUCUUUCCUGAUCGCCGCGAUCUUCGGGGUCGUCGGCUACGCCACCUUCACAUCGUACGUGCAGGGCGAUCUCAUGGAGAACUACUGCUGGGACGACGAUCUCAUGAAUUUCGCCCGAGUCAUGUUCAGCGGCACUAUACUCCUCACUUUUCCGAUCGAAUGCUUCGUUACGCGCGAGGUGCUCAUGACGGCUAUCAAGGGCACGGACGAAUUGGAGGGACACGAGGCUUAUGUGCCUAACUCGGACCGCAAGUACCUGAUAAUUACUUUGACGAUAGUAUCAGUGGCAUACCUGAUCUCCAUGCUGACGGAUUGCCUGGGCGUCGUCCUCGAGCUGAACGGCAUCCUCGCCGCGGUGCCGCUCGCUUACGUUCUGCCCGGUCUCUGCUACCUCAAGCUCGAGGAGGGGCCCAUACUCUCGUCCAAGAAGCUGCCGGCGCUCGGUCUGAUGACCGCCGGCAUCCUGGCCGCCAUCUCGGGCCUCCUGCUGAUCAUAAUUAACAGCAGCUCCUCCGGCAACAGUUGCUCCCACGGCAAAAUAAUGCCGUAUUGCGUCAACAAUUCGACCGCAACGGUGCGACUCGUCCUCGCCAGCACGGAGCCCGGGAUCUAAGUUUAACAGACGAGCACGGUAAACCUUUAGUUUUUAAAUUGUAAAUCUGCCGAAAUUUCGAAUGAAAGUAUAGCGUUUUAAUUUAAAGGAGAGUGCAAUCGGGAAUUAAGUAGCAUGCACACACACAUAUAUAUAUAUAUAUAUACACACAUAUAUUUAACGAUACAAAUGGAAAAUCAGGAUUUGAUAUUGAUUUAUCAGUAGGUCGCAUCUUGACGCAGCGUGUGCGAAAUAUCUGUUCGAGUGCCGAAGAAGGUCGCGAAAAGUGUCAAGUAGCGCAAUCGCGCUUCUAUUCGUGUCGAAAAAUGUCAACACUAUCGCAUUUCCUCCUUUCGUCUUGUCAACUAAUCAACUUGAUAUUUGAAGAUAUAUUUUAUGAGACGGCUACACAGUAUUCCCCAUUUCUCGUAUAACCGAAAGAUUAGCUUAACUUUCUGAGAAUCACUCGCCGACACUUUUCGAAACUGAAACAAGAGAAGCUCCUCGGCACUUUAAUGGAUACAAUUAUUUCGAAAGUUUCGAGGAACGCGAGAUUUUAUACGAAGCUUGCAGGAAAGAGCUUGAAAGUUUCUACGAGGACACCUACACGGGAGAAGCAGGACUUUAUCUGUGAAUGAAUAUAUAUCGUUUCAUUGCGAGGAUUAUAAUAUUAUAUCAUCACGUACAAAUCCUGAAGAAAAUUGCGAUUCUCGUUCACGUAAUUCUAUGCGUAACGUCUUGGAUAGUUCUCAUAGAAACAACUUAUCACAGUGCUCUUAACGAUGAAGCAGAUAAAACAAAAAGCAGAAAUCAAAGAUAUUCAACUGUGUUUCUUCUAUAGCGAUAAUAUUCGUCGGACGAACGCACACUCGCAAUACUUGAAAUCAAUGCAAUACAGGAUUCGGCUUACAAGCGAAAAAUCCGUAAAUUGGCAAUAAACCUUGCCAAUUUUUUCUGUUGAAUAUAUAAGUCGUUGGAUGUUUAUUGUAUGCAAAUUUACCAGGUUACGCAACAAAAUCGCAAUUUAUUGAAGUCAUCGCGUACGCAACGAGCUUGAGAGAUUCGUGGGUGAAAAAUGAUGAAUUAAUUUCCCGCGACGUACAUUGUUAGAAGGCCAGAAUUUUAACGUACCAAUUGAUGAUAUUAUUCAAUUUCCGAUAUUCGAUACCGAAUAGUAUCUUGUAUUUAGUCUUAAUAUAAAGUUCCAGGAAUAAUUCUUUAACAAGAAAAGACUUCCGUGGCAAAAUGCGCGAAUUUUAAGAAAUAGUUAUCGUGAUUAGAUUAUUGUGAUUAGAAUAACGUAUAACGCGUGUGAGCUAAAAUCUCAUUAUAUUUUUAAAGAAAUGUUGAACAGACAAAUGGUUUAUAAAUGACGGGAUAUAUAUGUAUACACAUAUAACAUAUAUAUACACGUAUAUCUAUACACACAUACACACAUACACACAUUUGUAUUUUUUCUUGAUAAGCGACUAAUAUUGAAUGUUGAAAGUAAGAAAAUUUACACAAUCUCUAUUUAAAUGCUCAUAGAUGAUAAUGAGUCCAUAAUUUAUGGCUUAAAAAUAUUGCAAUAAUUAAUCUUUCUAGUUUGCCUUGUCUAAGUUUGCGUCAUUUUACUUAAAAAAAGAAGAAAAAACCAACACCUUGGCCUUUUACGAAAGAAAUUCUGAUCGUAUUUAAGAGUAUAUUUCCUUGCACAUAUACAAGCUUUUUUAAAAGAUUUAACAAUGAGAAAAAAAUCAAAAAGAAUGAAAUAGCGAUAAAAUCUUGCGCGCUGGUACAAUCAUCGCUCAAAUUUUCUAUUCUCGCUUAAAGUUCAGUUAAUCUAACACAAAAGACUUUGGCUUUAAAACUGAAUAUUGCUUUUAUAGAGAGGAAAGGUGUGAGAGAGAGAGAGCGAUAUAGUGGAUCAAAAUAUCACACAAAGCCAUAGUGAAAAUGAUACAAUCACGAAGCGGAAGCUUCUGCUUUCUGACGCUUUACACAAAUUACAUUGAUUAAAGACCACAUAAGAGGAAAGUAUUUAUCACGCAUGUCCGCGUGCUAUAGUACGUAAGGAAAAUGAAUCAAAUAUGUUUACCUGUUUACGUAUAUUUGAUGAAUAUAAAGAAAGAUUUAAAAAAGCCUAUUUAAGAGAUAAGAAAUUAUAAAGAAUCUAAAAUUGAUAUAUUAUAGGGAGAGCCUUUUGUCUCGGCCAUUUGGAAGAAUAGAAUGUAUUGUUCGUAAAUGUAUAAAAAUUACAGAGCACGUUGAGGCAAAAGGUAAAGAUUCAGAUAUAUAUAUAUACAUAUAUAAAUAUAUGUAUUCAUAUACAUAUAUUUAUAUAUGAUGGUGCGCUAUCACGCACAUACGCACACGCUAUUCCGUGUCGUUGUGGAACAGAAUUGUAUGCCUUGCCGAAAGUUUUUCGAUAUUAUGUUCAAAGAAACGAGUAGAGACGCGCGAUACUUGCAAUAUUAUUCUUUAUACGCAUAUUGCAUAAUUUAACCGUGGCGAAAUAAGCGUACGCACGUGGCGUACGAGAGGAAAAGAAAGGUUUAUUUAAUAUUUCGCACUCAUUCGCAAGUUCCUGUCGAUCUCUAGGCGAACGCACGCCCGUUCCAUCAUGUUUCACUUGAGGGUUCGAUAAACAUUACGUGGUUGUGAACUUUACUGCACUCGCCGUUACACUAUAGUGACAUUAAGAUUAUCGUUAUUGAUUCAGAUGCCUACACGCGCGCGCGAAUAUGACUGGACAUUUUACGAAGCUAGACACAAACCCGGAAAGGCUUUAUUCUAAUUAAAUAUUCCACAUUCAACUUUUCUUUCGCUCUCGUAAUGUGAUGUGACGAGUAAAUGUAUAUUAUAAGGUUCUUUACACGAGGAAAGACACACAUAGAUUAUCAACUUCGACUGUCAUGUGAUAUUAUUUUUACUUUUCUUCUCUCUACAAGCUCUAUCGUAUAAAAAUAGAAUUCAAACAAUGCCUCAAAUAUCUAUGUGUAAUUGAACAUUUAAAAGAUUUAACUGAGAUUUAACCGAGCAACGGAUCGGUGAAACACUUCGAGAUAUUGAUUUGACGAUUUCACAUUGCGGAAUGUGUAACAAAGGUUUACCAAUCUGCUGCUCAUCAGUCUGAAAAAAUCUUUCAAGUGCCAAAUUUGAUGAACUUGAGAAAAGGAAAAUUUAUUUGUUAGACUAAUUCAAUCUGAAUGUUCACGUAAAUACCUGAAUGUAUUUAUUUAUUACUAUUGAUAUUAAGCAAAUUUUUUACGCACAAAGCGAAGAUCGUUAAAUGAUAUACACGAGAAUAUAAUUUAUUAUAUAUAUUUGUGCAAUGCUAGUUUUAUUAUAUACAUAUAGUUUUUUAUACAUACUUAAUAUUUUUCAAUAACAAUCUUUGCUUUGACGUAAAUGCUAUUUUUUCAAAAAAUGGAUCAAUGUAUUUUGCAAAGUGUUUCCAGCUAGAUAAAGUUAGUGGAACGUUCUGCCCUCAAAUACCUUUGAAUUCUUAAACGCUUCUCCGAUACGAGGAACAUUGUAUACGUCGAGAAAAAUGAGUCGCAACAAUUUCGCAAGACGAGACAGCAGUUUAAGAUAUCAAGUGUGUGCGUCAGAUACGCAGGUGUGUGUAUGCGUGUGCGUAGCCGCGUGUAAAACGAUCAUGGAAAGAGUCGUACUUUGUAAAUAGCGAUCUCGCGUUAUUCCAUCGUCGCGGGUCUUCCGACCAUAUUUAUUCUGUGAUAGAUAAAUGCGUUUACAAGGGAUGUGCGGGUGUGCAAAAUGCGCGCGUACCCGCAAUGCUACGCUAUGAUGUUACCUAAGUUUAUUUCGCGAAAUAAGACGAAUUUGUGAUUAAUGCAAAA